CAGAAGCAGUCCCCCUUCUGCUCAGUUGUCUGGUUGUUAUGUAGUCGGUUGUCUAAUCUUCUUUUAACCUUUUUUUCAUUGGUGUUUGGACUCAGCAUGGCUUCUCUGAAAUCAGCGCUGGCUUACUCCACCAGGGUGCUUACGACGCUAAAGAAACAGCCACAUGUCAUUUACAUCAAAAGGACUCUGUUUCCACCCAGACUGCCACUCUUCAAACGUGCAGACGGCAGGUUCAUUCCCUUCUGGCGACAGUCCAGCUCCACAGCAGCCCAAGCAGAGAAAGGAGAGGACUCUUUCCUCAAAUGGUUCCUGCUGCUCAUCCCUGCCACCACCUUUGGUCUUGGCACAUGGCAGGUGAGACGCCGUCAGUGGAAAUUGCAGCUGAUCGACGAGCUGACGAGACUCACUACUGCAGAGCCCAUUCCUCUUCCUCUUGAUCCUCAUGAGCUGAAUAGCCUAGAGUACAGAAGGGUGAGAGUGCGCGGACAGUUCGACCACUCACAGGAGCUGUAUAUUCUGCCCCGCUCACCAGUCGACCCAGAGAAAGAGGCCAGAGAGGCAGGCAGGCUGUCUUCAAGCGGAGAAACCGGCGCAAAUGUCAUCACUCCGUUCCACUGUACUGACCUCGGCAUCACAAUCCUGGUGAACAGAGGAUACGUACCAAGGCAGAAAAUAAGACCGGAGACCAGGAUGAAGGGACAGGUGGAAGGGGAAGUGGAGGUGGUUGGAGUAGUUAGGCUGACAGAGAUACGCAAACCCUUUGUACCAAACAACGAUGUGGAGAGGAACCGCUGGCAUUACCGCGACCUGGAGGCCAUGGCCAGCCUCACUGGAGCCGAGCCCAUUUUCAUUGACGCUGACUUCAGGAGCACCAUUCCUGGUGGACCAAUAGGUGGACAGACCAGGGUCACGCUGAGGAACGAACACAUGCAGUACAUAAUAACAUGGUAUGGCUUGUGUGCAGCUACCUCCUACAUGUGGUUUGCAAAGUUCAUCAAGAAGAUUUAAGUGAUCUACAUGCAGUGAAAUUGUUGCAAUACUUCAAACAAAUCCAGGAAAUCUUGCUUAAUAAUGUCAAGUAGUGCAGAUAACCUUGGAAAAAGACAAAGGCAAUCUAUCUGUAAAUGAAUUAAUAUAAUUAAUUUAUACUGCAAGAUUUCUAGCAUUUGUUUUUGUAUACCUCCCCCUACAUAACUAAAGAGCACCUAUCAGAGCCUCAAAUACUCUGGAUUUGUAUUAUAUUGGCUUCAACCUGCUGCAUAUAUUAAUGUAAAUAGCUGUGGAUUAUUCUCCUGAAUCAUGUUUGAGAAUAAAUAAAUAUACAUUGA